CCCCCCUCUUCUCCGUAUUUAGACCCCUAACGCCCGCGGCGUGACUCCGAGACUUCUUCCAUAGAGGCAGUCAUGGCAAUGGCGAGAUCCAAGUCCGUCAACACGGACCCCAGCUCCACGCCCCCGAAGCUCUCCCUCUACUCGCUUCCAAGCCAACGGCCGGAGCCGGCCGGGAUGGCAACUCCGCCCCUUCGCGUCCCGGUCUCCGUCCCUUUUGCAUGGGAGGAGGCCCCCGGGAAGCCGAGGAAGGAGCGCGGCCCUUGCGAUCCCAGGCCGAGCCCAAGGCCCCGAUGGCACCGGGGCUUGGACCUCCCGCCGAGGAUGGUGGCGGGGGAGAUGAGGAGCAGCACCAUGUCCUCCAUCCCCGUCCUCGACGGGCCAUAUGUUUUGGGCCGGGCCACCUCCUGCUACUCUUUCUCCUUGGGAGACGAGAACCCGGUUAAGAGCAAGGAGAGUGGGGUCUGGUUUUGGAGGAGGGGAAGGGAGAGGAAGGUGAGGAGGUAUAGGAAUUGGGAGAUGAAUUUUAGGGGCUUGAGGGGUUUUAUUUCCCCUUCUCUUUCCUCUUCAUCUCAGUCUUCUGCUGGCUCUAGUGGUGGAGAUGGGAUUGGCAAUGAGGAGGAGGAGGAGGAGGAGGAGGAAGAGGCGGAAGCUAAACAUGACAAGAAGGUGAGAAUUACAAGGUUUAGGAGGACUAAGAGCCUGGCAAGUGCCUCCUCUCACGCUACCUCUCACCUGUGGGCCGGCAUUUAUGGGAGCCUGAAGCAAUUUGUACCGUGGAGGAAAGAGCGUGCGAUCUGAGGUCAUAAAUCGCGGAUGCUGCAUGAUGCGACGCUGGUACGAAUUUUUGAUGGACGGUGAUUUGCUGAGCCUACGUCGGAUUGGGCAAUGUGUUUUAUCUCGCCGUAUGCUGCUAGAAGAAGCCUAUGUGUGGUUACACAAUGUUACAUAACUUUAAAUUAGUUUUAUCCAGAGGAGAAAUGAGUAUUUGUAAAAUCUAAUCAAAAAGUUUAAGUUUUUUUGUUUAUCAGUGUAAAAGGAUGGUUUGAUAUGAUAUCCACGUCCAAAGACCUGCUUCCAUGUUUGGAA